AUGGCCCCGAUCAAGAAGGAAUGCGACUACCUCGUCCUCGGCGGCGGCUCAGGCGGCCUCGCCUCCGCAAGACGAGCGAGCGGCAUGUAUGGCGCCAAAGCCAUCGCGGUUGAGGUGAAGCGUCUAGGAGGUACAUGCGUCAACGUGGGCUGCGUGCCCAAGAAGAUCACAUGGAACGCCGCGGCGAUCGCGGAUCAGAUCAAAGAUGCGUCCAGCUAUGGCUUCAGUGUCAAGCACACGGCGGAGUUUGAUUGGAAGACGUUCUCCAACAAGCGUGCACAGUUUGUGAAGAAGCUGAACGGCAUCUACGAGAAGAACUUGGAGAAGGACAAAGUGGAAUAUCUGCAUGGGCUGGCGACGUUCUUGGAUCCGCAUACGGUGAAGGUGACAUUGGACGACAAUACUGAGGUGGACAUCAAGGCGAAGAAGAUCUUGGUCGCCGUGGGAGGGCAUCCGAACCUGCCCAACACUCCUGGCGCAGAGCUGGGCAUCACAUCGGAUGGAUUCUUCGAGCUGGAGAAGCAGCCGAAGAAGGUGGCUGUCGUGGGCGCUGGAUACAUCGCUGUCGAGAUGGCCGGUAUGCUGCAUGCUCUGGGAACCGAAACGCACCUCUUCAUCCGGCACGACAAGUUUCUGCGCACGUUCGACCCAAUGAUUCAAGAAAAGGUGGUGGCGGAGUAUGAGCGCGUGGGCGUGCACAUCCACAAGAACUCCUCACAAUCAAAGGUCGAAGACAUUGGAAAUGGCAACAAGCGCCUCCACUACAAAGACAGCAACGGCGAAGGCACUAUGGACAUUGACUGCCUCCUCUGGGCAAUAGGCCGCAGCCCGGAAUUGGAAAAGCUUAAUCUCGAAAUCACUGGUGUCAAGCAGAACGACAAAGGCCACAUCAUCACCGACAAGUACCAAAACACCAACGUUCCGCACAUCUACUCCCUCGGAGACGCCUGCGAUCGCGGCUUCGAGCUUACUCCGGUUGCCAUUGCUGCUGGCCGACGGCUGAGCGAGCGCCUGUUUGGCGGCAUCGAGGAUGCGCAUCUUACCUACGAAAACAUCCCUUCAGUCGUCUUCUCGCACCCGACAGUGGGCAGCAUUGGCCUGACCGAGCCCGAAGCGCAAAAGCAGUAUGGCGCAGAGAAUCUCAAAGUCUACAAGAGCACAUUCAAUGACCUCUACUAUUCCAUGAUGGAGCAGGAGGAGAAGAGCCCGACGUCGUACAAGCUGAUCUGCGCCGGCAAGGAAGAGAAGGUCGUGGGCAUCCAUAUCCUUGGCCGAGGCUCGGAUGAGGUGAUGCAGGGCUUUGGUGUGGCGGUGAAGAUGGGCGCGACGAAGAAGGACUUUGAUCGAUGUGUGGCCAUACAUCCUACCGCUGGCGAGGAGCUGGUGACGAUGACAUAG